GCCCCAUCAAUGUUCCGUGUUUCACCGGUUUUUGCCGCAGCCUCGGUGUCAACCGGUGCACUGGUUGAUGUGGAACGUGCGGUCUAGAUGGAUGGAUCUCUGUCAAACCCCCUGCUCUGAUUUCCUUCCUCCUCUUCAGGUCCAGGAGGGGUUAGGGGUGGCCGGCGAGCUCUGGUCAAGGCGACGGUUGCCGCGGCGGUUACCCUGGGUUUACGGCUCUUGUCUCUCUCUCGCCCGUAAAGUCUGUCGCGGCUGCCCCUCCGCUCGACGCCGGCUCCGUUCUCCGGCGAGAUCCACAGGAGCCAGGAUCCUGCCCUGAUGGAACGUGAUGUCCAAUUCCAAUCUCGAUCUAGGGCUCCACGCUGCAAAAAAAAAAAGAUAAAAAAAAUCACCUUUUUUAUUGGAUUAUACACGCAUCCGGUAUCCUUGUAGCUCAUGCUUUCCCGCUCCGACAUACAUAUUAAUUUAGUGCAAAACAUCUGCAUCAGUCUGCUGCAGAUCUACAACAUCUGUUUACUAGAGAAAGAGAAAAGAGAUAGAGGGAGAUAAGAAGUUAUAACAUGUUUUGAAUGCUGAGUAUUUAGAAGACCUAGCAUAAUAUUUGGCCAGUACGUACCUGCAACUGCAAGUUCCACUUGUAUCCUGUAUUUAUUCAGUAAUGCAUCUUGGAUCCCUGCUGUAAAUUGAUGGGCUUGCCGAUUCCUAGUGUAUGGGAUUCAUUGCCGAUCGGCCAAGAUCCCAACGACAACUGCUCCUCCGAUAGACAGGGUUAGAGCCCCAGUGGGCUACGGUUGCCGCCGCAGCUGGCCAGGGUUGUGGUGGGUCCUGCCGCAAUCCCGUUUGGGCGGUUACCCAAACGUUGUUUCCGCGCUCACCUCCAGCGCGACUAGCACCUCCGGCUCCGCCGAGAUCCAGCGGCAUCCUAUAACUUACAGUUUCUGUAAGUUAAGCCAUUCCUUUCGAAGUUUCGAUUCAGUCUAUCCUGAUGGACAAGGCCAGCAACCAAGAACGCUCUGUAAAUGUAAGAGUCAAGGGGGAUGCUUCCAACAGGAUGAUGAGAUCGAAGGUGGCAGUGGAGCUUCACCUUCUACCCCACGACGUUCUGCGCGACAUAUUGUCACGGCUAUCACUCAAACAAGCUGUGAGGAUGAGCCUACUUUCUCGCGAGUGGAGGCGGCUAGGGAUAUGCCCUCUGGACCUGGUGUUCACUGAAGAGACCCUAUUUGGCAGCAAUACAACCACGAUUGCCGACCCGGAAUACAUGGCCGCUGAAUUCCUGGAAUCAAGGAACAUUGAAUUCAUCAGCAGAGUGGACAGUGUGUUGCGCACGUCAUGGUCUACUUCCACUAUGACAACUGCUAGUACGGUGAAUAAGUUUGUUGUCAAAUAUGGCCUCGGCACAUAUCAUAGGCACCACAUUGACAGAUGGAUUGACUUUUCCACCGCGUUGAUGGCCAAACACAUUCGUCUUGAUCUCAGGGGAGACGGCUUUGCAGGUGGCAUUUAUGUUGUCCCGCUGUGUAAACUCAGUGGUCCAAAUGGCUCUUGUGUGAAGUCUCUUGAUCUUGCUUAUGUCUGCUUAUGUCUGCCCGCUAGUUUCUGUGGUAUCACAAACCUGAAUAAACUCAGCCUGUAUAUGGUCUCCAUUGAUGCACGUGAUCUCGAACGUCUAUUGCUAAGUUGUCUUCUUCUUAAGAGUUUAAGUUUGGAGUGCUGCCCCUUAUCAAGUUUCACUAUACGUCAGGAGAUCUGCCGGUUGCAAUACCUGAGCGUCCGCAAGUGUGCGGUGCGAAUGAUACAGUUGCAAGCUCCGAACCUUACCACAUUUAAGUUUGAUGACUGUGUGACACAAAUUGUGCUAAGGGAAUCUUCAAAGCUGUCAGAAGCAACCAUUGUGUUCAAGAACAUGCGGGACAACUCGUGUUCUCACGCUUUCAACUAUAUCUUGACUGAGCUUCCAACUUCACUUCCUUAUGUGCAGAAACUCUUUCUACAUUUGGUUAUUGACUAUCAGGUGAAGAAGUUCAGUAAAACUCACACAACUUUCAUCAAUUUGUGGCAUCUGAACCUGAACAUUGAUGUCAGAGACGAUCCAGAGGAUGCUAGCUGGGUUAUUGGGUUGGUUUACCUCUUGGAAUCAGCGCCUCUCUUAGAAGAACUGGAACUGAAUAUAAAUUAUGAUAGAUUUGUUGAUCGUGAUCCUACAAGGAUAGUGAAGGCUGUUCCAGGGCCUCUGCAUCGUCACCUCAGGAGUGUCCAUAUUACUGGAUUUUGUGAUCUAGUGGGGAUAGCCGAGCUGUCACUCUACAUCCUUGGGAAUGCUAUUGUGCUCGAGCGUAUGGUGGUAGAUCCAGUGGUAUGGAUGGACAAUGGAUAUCCAUAUAGCAGGCAGCUCUACUCAGUCAGCAAGGUCGGUAGCUACCAGGAGUCUGCUCGACCUCGUUUUACUAAGCAGGAGCUGCGGGAUAGGGAGUUUGCAAAACAACACCUUAACAGAAAGGAGUUUCAACACAUGCUCACCAUUUUAUGAACAGCAAUCCUAGGGCUUGAGGUCGUAUUUAUAUAAGCGGAUGCUUGCUGGAUCAGCGUUGUAAAAAUUGUCCUGAAAGGUGGCAUGUACAAGCUAAAUUAUUGAAGACAAGUAGUAUUUGUACGACACAAAAUUUAGUUGUUUAUUCACUUUGUAUGCAAUCUGGGUUAAGUACUCUACAUUGUGUGUCCUGGUAUUUCUUUUCUUGGUAGUAUGAACAAAUACUGGUACUAAUGAAGUGACAUGAAAUAUUCA